CCUUCGAUUAGUCAACCUUCGAUUAGUCGACCUUGGAUUAGAGGGUACUGGGUUAGACGGUGCCGGGUUAGACGGUGUUGGGUUGGACGGUGCUGGGUUAGGCGGUGUUGGGUUGUUAGAAUUUGAUAUUUCCUGUAUUAAAGCUUCUCCUUUCUUCUGUUUACGUGAAUCCUGGUUGUUAAUUAUUUCAGUAUUGCAUAAUAUAUCCGACGAAAUAUUGUGGUUAACUGGAGAUAA